AUGGCCACUCAAGCUGUGAACCGGUCUUCGGACUCGCUCGCGAUUCGUGAUACCGAGGUCACCGUCGUCAAGUCUGAUGCUGAGAAGCCCUCCAAGAACAUCAUCCCUGCCUCCUACAACCUUGGUCUCGGUGAUGAGGACCCAACCGAGGAGGAACUUCACGGUCCUACUGCGCUGCGUCGUGUGUCUGCUCCCAUUCCGUGGUCCGUCUACACUGUCGCUUUCGUCGAGCUGUGCGAGCGAUUUUCCUACUAUGGAACCCAAGUUCUUUACUCUAACUUUGUGAACCACUCCCUUCCCCUUCCUGCUCCUUACGGCCCUGCAGGUUCUCACCACAACACCGGAGCUGGUGGCUCUACCUCCCAGGGUGUGUCUGGUGCUUUGGGCAAGGGUCCUGAAACUGCCAAUGGAAUCAACACUUUCAACACUUUCUGGUGUUACUGCGUUCCUCUUCUGGGUGCAUACGUCGCUGAUGAGUACUGGGGACGAUACAAGACUAUCUGCUGGUCUAUCGGCUUCGCCAUUCUUGGCCAUGUUAUCCUGGUCAUCUCGGCCAUCCCUCCUGUGAUCACUAACACCAAUGCUUGCUUUGGUGUGUUCAUGCUCGGUGUGAUCGUCAUGGGUUUCGGAACCGGUGGUUUCAAACCCAACAUCUCUGCCCUCGUCGUCGAGCAGAUUCCAGCUGUGAACCUCAAAGUGCGCACCUUGCCUUCCGGUGAGCGUGUCGUGGUCGACCCAACUAUCACUCAGAGUCGUAUUUACCACUACUUCUAUCUGUUCAUCAACAUCGGCGCCUUGGUUGGCCAAAUCGGUAUGGCCUAUGCCGAGAAGUAUGUCGGUUUCUGGCUUUCCUUCCUACUGCCCACCCUCAUGUUCAUGACCACACCUUUCGUCAUGUGGUGGGGUCGUCACCGUUACCGUCAGUCUCCCCCACAGGGCUCCGUCACAUCUAAGGCUGUCAAGGCAUUCAUGUACGUGAUGCGCGAGCGCUGGUCCUGGAACCCCUUCGUCUUCUGGAAGCGGACCCACGAUGGCACCCUCUGGGAGUCUGUCAAGCCCUCCAACAUCGAGCCCCGAUUCCGUCCCAAGUGGAUGACCUUCGACGAUGCCUGGGUGGACGAGGUCCGUCGUGGUUUCGCUGCUUGCGCCGUCUUCUGUUGGUAUCCUCUCUACUGGCUGGCAUAUGGCCAGUUGACCAACAACUUCACCUCCCAAGCUAGCACCAUGACCCUUCACGGUGUGCCUAACGAUGUUGUCAACAACCUGGACCCCUUCGCCUUGAUUAUUUUCAUUCCCAUUUGUGAUGCACUGCUGUACCCCGGUCUGCGUAAGAUGGGCAUUCAGUUCACCGCUAUCAAGAAGAUUACCGCUGGUUUCUGGCUUGCUGCUUUGGCUAUGGUCUGGGCUGCUGUCAUUCAGUACUACAUCUACAAGACCUCCCCCUGCGGCACCGAUGCCAACAACUGCUACACCGAGGAUGGUAGUGUCAAUCCCUCUCCCCUCAACGUCUGGGCCCAGACUGGUUGUUACGUUCUGGUUGCCUUCUCCGAGAUUUUCGCCUCCAUCACCUCGCUCGAGUAUGCCUACUCCAAGGCCCCUCGUAACAUGCGUUCUCUUGUCCAGGCCAUUUCCCUGUUCACCAACGCCAUUUCCGCUGCCAUUGCUGAGGCUUUGAACCCACUUGCCAAGGAUCCUCUGCUGAUCUGGAACUACGGUGUCUUUGCCGUCCUCGCCUUCGUCGGUGGCUGCGGAUUCAUCUGGCAGUUCUGGCAGCUUGAUAUGGAGGAAGAUGCCCUGAACAACUUGCCCGAGGGUCAUGUGGAGGCCAAUGAGAAGAUGGCUCAGUUUGAAGCGGCUGAAAUCGGACCCGUUCGAGGUUAG